CUCAAAGCGCUUUGAACACUAUCAAUGGCGAUUCCCGCCAGCUAAACAAAUUCAAUUUUUCAAAAUUCUUCGCGCGCGCCACACUAGAGACGUCUGCUGAGGAAAAACACAAUUUCACCUUGCUUUGCUGCACGAGAAGACAUUGAUUCACUUCCGAAAUGGCAGUUGUCGGCCGAUCUGCUCGCUCUGCUCUGCGCCUCCUGGCCACCAAACCCCUCGGCAGGACCGCAGUCCGACGUGGAUAUGCCGAUGGCAAUGAGAUGUCCUUCACCUUUGCCGCUGCCAAUCAGGUAUUUUACAACGAGGCCAAUGUGAGGCAAGUGGACGUGCCCUCGUUCAGUGGAGCCUUUGGCAUUCUGCCCAAGCAUGUGCCUACCCUGGCAGUCCUGAAGCCCGGCGUUGUCACAGUUCUUGAGGCCGACGGCAGCCCCAAGCGUUUCUUUGUCUCCAGUGGCUCCGUCACCAUCAACGAUGACUCCAGUGUGCAGAUUUUGGCCGAAGAGGCUGUGCCAGUUGAGAACCUGGACGCGGCCGCAGCCAGGGACGCACUGAGCAAGGCCCAGAGUGCCUUGAGCUCUGCGUCCGGAGACCAGGCCAGAGCCGAGGCGCAAAUCGCCGUCGAGGUUGCCGAGGAAGUGGUCAAGGCGUGCGAGUAAAUUUUCGUUACGAGUAGAAGAAUAAUUGUUGUUGUUCACCCAUUCAUUCUGUGUUAGAUGAAAGUGAAUUAAUUAAUUUGUAAAUAAAACACUGAUCCAUAAAUAGA